CUUAGGUGUCAGAUCUAUGGUAUAACUUUUUUUUUCGAGAAACUAACCAAUUUGUUUUAACAACUCAUUGAUUCAUAUAAAAUGAUAAAUAUUCACCUAAUAGAUUGUUAUAUCAAGAUCUUAGAUUUUUUCAAUUAAAUUUGGUGCAUAGCAAAUACAUCAAAAAUGUUUAAUAAAAAGAGUGCUCUCUACUGGGCAAAUAUUGGCCCAAGUUCUGAGAUUCCCGCUACUGCAGUUCGUGGAGGAUUUGACGAAGAUCAAAAUCCGAUAUAUGUUGGUUCCGUUAUCCAUAAUGGUUGUCGCAUUCCGGUCAAGGCCAUUCCUAAAAAAGGGGGUGCAUUUCUAUGUGUGGAGGGAAAAGAGAUUGUAAAAUCGGAGUACCAAAUUCUUUGUGAAAAACGUAUAGAAUGGGUACACGCAUCCAAAGGAGUUGUACCUCCAGGAGCAAUUGUAGGUGGAAAGACUAUUAAUGGUGAACCCUUGUACAUUGCUAGGGCGAGACAUGCAGGAUAUGUUGUUACAGUGGGAAAGUUGCAGGUCAGUAGUAAAGUUUGCCAUAUUGGAUAUGCAGGAAAAGAACAUGCUUGUGAAGAGUAUGAGGUUCUAGUGGCUAAGGAGUAAUGAAUAUUUAAA